AAAUCUUUUUUAAAUAUUUAAUUUUAAAAAAUUUGAUUUUAAAAAAUUUGAUCAACUUUUAUAUAUUAUUUGAGCUAAUACUUAAUUACCUAUUUCAUAAUAACUUAAAACUCAGGAUUCAAAAAAUUAUUUAGUCAAUUUUCUAAAAAAAAAAAAACAAGGCGGUUAGCGUCCCUGAACCUGAAGCUGCAAUUUCAAGGGUACAGGUCAAGUUCUCACAAUCAGAUCUAACUACACUUGAGAACACUCUAAAACUUCUUCUCCGAUUAACGCAAACAACUGGGACUUCACUUCCAAUCGUCUUCCUCUUUCGUUAGGAGAGCUGAGAGUGAAAUCCGGAGAAGAUGAUCGUGUGUGUCGCCGUCGUCGGCCAUCAGAACAAUCCUCUUUACAUACAGAGCUUCACCGACGCCGACGAUGCUCUCAAACUCCACCACAUCGUCCAUUGCUCCCUCGAUGUCGUCGACGAGCGAGUGAACAAUCCAAAAAAAUCUGGACCGACAUUGAACGAGACCUUUUUGGGCUUGCUUUAUCCUACUGAAAAUUAUAAAGUCUAUGGUUAUUUGACUAACACAAAGGUGAAGUUCAUUUUGGUGACAACUGAUUUAGAUGUUAGAGAUGCUGAUGUCAGAAAUUUUUUCAGGAGAUUCCAUGCUGCAUAUGUUGAUGCGGUCUCAAACCCAUUUCACGUGCCUGGUAAAAAGAUUACAUCCAGAACUUUUGCAGAAAGAGUGAGCACCAUUGUCAAGUCAUUUGGGCUGAGUUCAGCUGGGUGAUUCUGUUGUGAGAUUGAAGCUUUCGAAUAUUUCUUCAUUACACUAGCAAAUUCUGUUACUUUUUUACUUGUUACCUUUUCUCUUUCUCCUUUUCCCAUCUCACCUGGUAGUUUGAACAUACUUUGCAUCAUUCAUGAUUGUUCAGGAUGUGAGUUGUAUCAUACAUAAACAAGUGACUGGUAUUUUUCGUUUCUUCUAAUUAGAAAUUAUUUUCUUAAUUAUGUUAAUAUUUGUUCUUAAGCCUUAUUCAUUACUUGUUUUCACUUAAUGGCCCUUGACAUAAUUGUCAUUCAUAUGGAGCCCUUGAGAAUAUCGUCCUGUAUUCAGACCAAAUUAUGAAGUGCCAGCUCCAGCUAUGACCGCUCCUAUUGUCUGCUAAUUGGUAAAUAAUGAUUGCAUAUUUGAUAUCCAUACGACUCUAAUAAUGUCAAUUACCUAUCCUGCAAUAUCAUCAUGCCUUUGAUUUUUUUUGUGGUUUCAGGACCAUAUGCUUGCAUGAGAUGCCUUUUUGCCAUUCUCAGAGCCAUUCUUGAAUCGUAGUCAUCUUUACGUUAUUUUGUUUGACAGAUUGAGAUGUUUACAGGAAUCAUAUCCCUACUCCUAGCUUCUGUUAUUCUCUGGUUUGCUGAAAAAUCUAAAGACAUAUUAUCAAAUACAGUGUCAUAAAAACCUGAGUUUUGCUUAUGAUCAGACAUUUCAUGUGACCUGACAA